UUGUCACUUGCCUUACCCGCCUUCCCGUCAUCCAGACACACAUGCCUAGUCCAAUGCCAAAUAAAUAAAAGGCUCUUUGCCCCCCAGCUUUCCCGUCAUGAUCGCCAUCCUCAAAUCCGAACCCACUCGCUCUAGAUCUGACUUGCGACACAUAAGGGAGAACUUAUAACCAACCCCUGCACUAUUUCCAUAACUUGAGUGACUGCAUCGAUCCCUUGUUGAAGUAAACAAUACACACCAUACCUAGCCAAGCAUCCUAUUACAGCGUGUCACCUUUGCCGGCAAUGGAGGGUAUCAAUCCUCUCCUCGAGCUCCCGCCCCCAAUCGACUCUCUCCACUACUUCUACGGUGACGUAGAGCAGUACCUAGACGCAACCACGUCAGAAUCCCAAAGCCCGGCCGAGUCGCCAGUGAGUUCCCCUUAUCCCCUCUCUUCGAGAAACUUGGAAAGACCCACGGGGCUAACCGUUGUUUGCGUUCCUUCCAAAAAGUACGACAUGCCGUACGGGACAGAUCUUAGCAACAUCCCCAGCAUGUAUUCUAGUUCCGAGAAGGAAGAGGAAUCAUCACAGACGCAAAAGCCCGCGGCAAAGCGGAAACGGGAGAACCGGUAUAAAAACGCCCCGCCGUCGGUCCUUUCGCGCCGGCGAGCCCAGAACCGCGCAUCGCAGCGGGCAUACCGCGAGCGCAAGGACCAGCGGAUAAAGGACCUCGAGGCGAUGCUCCAGGAGGCCAAGCAGAACAACGACGUGCUGAGCAAGGCUUACGCGUCGCUACACGCCGAGUACCUGGAGCUGAAGAUGUCGCAGGUCGAGGACUCCCCCCACCUCCAACACCACCAGCAACAACAACCACAACAACAACAACACCAACAACACCAACAUCAUCAUCAGCACCACCCGCAUGCCUACGCCGCCGCAGGGCCGCCCCCGGCCCUGGACCCGGCUCUGGGCAUGUCGCCUGACACUGACAGGCUGGAGAUGGACUUGUUUGCCUAUUCGCACGUGGGGACCAGCUAUUCCCUGUGAAGUUUUCCCCCGACGUCUAUGGUCAGAGGGAAGCUACUUGGUUUCAUUUGCCAUCCAAGGGAUGGGAGGGGCCGGGGCAGACCCCGUGCCCCCAACUUUCGAGACCGUGCAAUCCGGAAAGUUCCCCCCUCUCCCCUGUGGAAAAGUUAUUUGGGAUAUGAAAGGAACGAGAAAAAAAAGAGGGUCAGGUCGGUGAGGUUAGCGAGAUCAGCGAUGGCUUAUUUUUCCUUGUUUGGGUUAUCGCUUAUAGAGGGAUUGGACGGUGGGCUCUCCUCUUUUAUUCCCUUUUUGUUCCAACAAAUAUAUAUUAAUUGGUUAAAUCGGCUGGGGGACGGUGGGAGAUACCU